UGCUGCCUCGGCGGAUGCGCACGCGCAGCAGAGACCGGGGCGGUGCCGCGGCACUGCAGUGAAAGCCGAGGCAGCGGGCAGGCGAGCAGGGGGCGGGCGGACAUCUUGGGAUCCGGAGAGUGGCCAGGCUGGCUGAGCAGGGGCCUGCGGACACCAGGUCUGUUCUGAGAGCGAUGGGCCGCGGAGACUGAGCUGCCGCCAUGAUUGGAGGCUUAUUCAUCUAUAAUCACAAGGGGGAGGUGCUCAUCUCCCGAGUCUACCGAGAUGAUAUCGGGAGGAACGCAGUGGACGCCUUUCGGGUCAAUGUUAUCCAUGCCCGGCAGCAGGUGCGCAGCCCCGUCACCAACAUUGCUCGCACCAGUUUCUUCCAUGUUAAGCGGUCCAACAUCUGGCUGGCAGCUGUCACCAAGCAGAAUGUCAAUGCUGCCAUGGUCUUCGAAUUCCUCUAUAAGAUGUGUGACGUAAUGGCUGCCUACUUUGGCAAGAUCAGCGAAGAGAACAUCAAGAACAAUUUUGUGCUCAUAUAUGAGCUGCUGGAUGGAGCUGAUGGCUCCCUUCCUUUUGCAGAGAUCCUAGAUUUUGGCUACCCACAGAACUCAGAGACAGGCGCGCUGAAAACCUUCAUCACCCAGCAGGGCAUCAAGAGCCAGACAAAAGAAGAGCAGUCUCAGAUCACCAGCCAGGUGACCGGGCAGAUUGGCUGGCGGCGGGAGGGCAUCAAGUAUCGCCGGAACGAGCUCUUCCUGGAUGUGCUGGAGAGUGUGAACCUCCUCAUGUCCCCACAGGGGCAGGUGCUGAGCGCCCAUGUGUCAGGCCGGGUGGUGAUGAAGAGCUACCUGAGUGGCAUGCCCGAGUGCAAGUUUGGGAUGAAUGACAAGAUUGUCAUUGAGAAGCAGGGCAAAGGCACAGCUGAUGAAACAAGCAAGAGCGGGAAGCAGUCAAUUGCCAUUGACGACUGUACCUUCCACCAGUGUGUGCGACUCAGCAAGUUUGACUCGGAGCGCAGCAUCAGCUUCAUCCCACCAGACGGAGAAUUUGAGCUCAUGAGGUAUCGCACCACCAAGGACAUCAUCCUUCCUUUCCGAGUGAUCCCGCUAGUUCGGGAAGUGGGACGCACCAAGCUGGAGGUCAAGGUGGUCAUUAAGUCCAACUUCAAGCCCUCACUACUGGCUCAGAAGAUUGAGGUGAGGAUCCCAACCCCCCUGAACACCAGUGGGGUGCAGGUGAUCUGCAUGAAGGGGAAGGCCAAGUACAAGGCCAGCGAGAACGCCAUCGUGUGGAAGAUCAAGCGCAUGGCAGGCAUGAAGGAAUCGCAGAUCAGCGCUGAGAUUGAGCUUCUGCCCACCAACGACAAGAAGAAAUGGGCUCGACCCCCCAUUUCAAUGAACUUUGAGGUGCCAUUCGCGCCUUCUGGUCUCAAGGUGCGCUACUUGAAGGUGUUUGAACCGAAGCUGAACUACAGCGACCACGACGUCAUCAAAUGGGUGCGCUACAUUGGCCGCAGCGGCAUUUAUGAGACCCGCUGCUAGCUGCCUAGUGGCAGCUAGCCCGCCUCCCCACCCACCCUCUUCCACGGGUCUGGGUGCCCUUGGUCACCACACGUCAGUGUCUCCCUCCUGCUUUGCUGCCUUCCCUUUGCACCAGCCCCUUCGUCUAGGUCUGGACCAACCACGUUGUGAGCGGGACUGUUGGAGCAGUCCCUGGGCUCCCUGGGCAGGGUGGUUUCUGAGGUUCCUGCUCCUCCGUCCAUCUGCCUGCCCCAGCCCCAUGCCAGGCUCUGAGUUCUGCGACCAAAGCCAGGUGGGCCCCAUCUCCUCCCCUCCCCUGUGGCCACAUCUCUGGAGUGGGAGGGUCGGCUGCCCCUCACCUCGGAGCUCCCCGAAAGGCCAGUAACAGAUCCCCAGCCCUCGAUUCCUACUCUGCUUUGGGAUAGUGUGAGCUUCAUUUUGUACAACGUGUGACUUUGUCCAGUUAUAAACCUAAUAAACUCUGUAGAAUGGU